CUUCUGGACAGAAAAAGCAAAGCAAUCACAUAGAAAUACUUCGGACAGUAAUAAAGAGGUAUACAAAGACACAGAUGAAAACAGCAAUGAUACGGAAUAUAUUGAAGAUAAUGGAGAAUCUUCAAAUAAUGAAGAAUCCAUAAACGAAUUUUUUGCCAAUUAUGAAGCAUUUUCUCAAUAUGAAAAUGCUGGAUUUCAGGAAAAGGACGAGCCAGAAACCAUGCUCCGGAAUAAACAAUGGUUAUUAUCCAAUGGUACCGAUGUUGAAAUUAUCGCAGAAAUUGAUGGCAUCUCCUCCGAAAAAAUAGAAGCCAAAUACGAGACUACACUUAGUCCCAAAGACAAAAAUAUGCUAACGAAGUUAAAAAGAGCUACA